GAAAGCAGCCCGGGCAAAAACGAACGAUCCUCGUGCUGUGACAGCCGCGCAGGGCGCCAGACAUUCAGUUUGACAAGCGCAUCGCUGCCAUCAUCCACUGCGCUGGGCGGUUCUCGCUGAAAAGCCUAGACCAACUGCUGCAGCGCCAAAAGCGCCAAAAAAGAUGGCCGAGCAGCCCGCAACGGCCCUCGUCGAGGGCGAGGUCACGCUCGUCUACCCAAUUAGAGCCACCAACACCGAGGAAGAGGACAACGGCCCGCUCGCGAGCCACGCCAGACGCGUGCUCAACGUCGAGGUCCUCGUCGACGCCGUAAACGAAAGAAAAGCCGACGUCUUUUUUUAUGAUGAGCUGGCCGACGCCGCGGCGCGCCUCGAUAUUGAACGAGGCGCGCGGCUGUGGCUCGAGGCGUCGCCGGCGUGGCUCCGGCCGGCAGGCGAGCACCCGCGCAUGGCGGCCGACCCCCUACAUGAAAGGAGGCGGGCGGGCUCCGUCGCGCUGGCGCCGCGCGAUUUAUUGAUGGCGUCGCAGACGCCGGACGCGCUGCGGGCCUGGCGCUGCUGCGUGCACCGAAACGACAAGUGGGACGACGUCGACCAGCCGCCCGCGAAAAAGAAGAAGCGCGAGGCCAUCCCGGCCUACGUCACCUACCCUUCUUCCGAUCGCGUGGACAAGGACCACUUAACGUUAAAAGGCUGCCGGGCGCACUGCGGUACCGGCAUGGAGGUGAACGUCUUGGGGGCCGUCUACGCGACGAAACCGCUGCAGCGGGGCCGCACGUCGAACUUCGUGACCCUGGAAUUGUGCGACGCGGACGGUGUUUAUACAGCGACGCUCACGGCCUUCCACGAGAAGCCCGAAAGGCUCCCGGCGUGUCAGGUGGGCGACGCGCUGCGGUGCCGCCGCGUCGUCUUCGAGCCGCCCCUGGACGGCGACAAGGCCACGCAUUUGAGAUUGAGAGGCGUCGGCUGGUCGGGCUUCGCGUGCUUCGCGUGGCCCGCGCGGCCGGGUUUGGAGCAGCCGCUGCGGAACGUCGCCGUCGCCGUCGACUACUGCGGCGCGAAGAAGCCGACGCCCGCGUCCGACGGGUUGACGAGGUAUGCGGCGCGGCUGCGCGGCGCGACGCCCCGCGCGGUCGAGGACGACGAGGAGGAGGCGGCGGGCCCCUGCUGUUUGAUCGACGCGUCGCAGCGCCGCGACGCCGGGCCCUUUGCCUGUCGCUGCGCCGUCCCGGCGGUGCGGCGCGACGACGCCGACGGGCGCGUGCUCGCGGCGCGGCUCGUCGACGACACGGCCGAGGUCGACGUGCUCGUGCCGCCCUGGGCCAAUCUCGAACCGAGCGCGGCCGGCGUCGCGGCGCUCCGGGCCCAGGACAUCCGGGGCGAGCGCUACCUCGUCCUCGAUAGCUACGACGAGGCCGAGGAGCCGUACGAGGACGAGUUCUCGCAGGACGUGGCCGCGGACCUGUACGGGGCGACGCAGGUCGAGAAUGAGUAAUUUGUGAAGUGAAG